UGCCGCAGCGCGCCCGGUGGAUCGCUACCGCCAUGGAGCUGGGGUUCGCGGGCCGCCGGGCGCUCGUCACCGGGGCGGGCAAAGGCAUCGGACGCAGCACGGUCCAGGCGCUGCACGCGGCAGGUGCGCAGGUGGUGGCCGUGAGCCGGACCCAGGCGGACCUGGAUAGCUUGGUUCGCGAGUGCCCCGGGGUAGAGCCCGUGUGUGUGGACCUGGGUGACUGGGAGGCCACUGAGCAGGCACUGGGCAGCGUGGGCCCCGUAGACCUGCUGGUGAACAACGCUGCCGUGGCGCUGCUUCAGCCCUUCCUGGAGGUCACCAAGGAGGCGAUUGACACGUCCUUCGACGUGAACCUGCGGGCUGUCAUCCAGGUGUCCCAGAUCGUGGCCCGGGGCUUAAUAGCUCGGGGAGCCCCAGGGGCCAUCGUGAACAUCUCCAGCCAGGCCUCCCAGCGCGCACUGACUAACCACAGUGUCUACUGCUCCACCAAGGGUGCCAUGAACAUGCUGACAAAGGUGAUGGCUCUGGAGCUUGGGCCACAUAAGAUCCGCGUGAAUACAGUGAACCCUACAGUGGUGAUGACGCCCAUGGGCCAGGCCAACUGGAGUGACCCCCAGAAGGCAAAGACCAUGCUGGAUCGCAUCCCACUUGGCAGGUUUGCUGAGGUAGAGAAUGUGGUGGACACCAUCAUCUUCCUGCUGAGUGACCGGAGCAGCAUGACCACAGGCUCCACUGUGCCAGUGGAUGGGGGCUUCCUGGCCACCUGAGCCCCUCCCCCCCCACACACACCCCUGCCCCCACCAUCCCUCCAAUAAAUGUGAUUCUUCUGCCCA